UCUAGACUCCCCGCGGCUCUCGGCACUAAAAGACGUGCCUGUAGGCCUGAGGCAAACGCACCCCCGCCGCGUUCACUCGUGGAAUUCCGACGCUAAUUCUCUCUUCCUUCUCUCACUGAAAGAACGGCCAGCAACAGCGUCAACCACUGCAUCGCCCCCGCCUAUCGACCAGAUGGUGCUCGGCCAGUGGGUCGCCAACCUUUGGCCCUCCCAUUCUCAAUCAUGUCAAUCCCCUUAUCGUCUGCCCCGCGUGCCACCCCCGGCUUGAGCGUCCCCGCAAGUCAGAACACCGCGCCCGUCAUCAAGUUCCGAUGUCUCUAUACCCAUGAUGUGCGCCGCAAAGCCAAACGCUGGCAAGAUGGGUACCUCAGAUACCACACGUUCAACAAACGCGUCAUGGCCUACGAUAUCACAGGAAAUUUUAUCGGCGACCUUCAUUGGCGACAGGACGAUGCAAUUCAGGAUGGGGACGAGCUGGAACUGGAUAGAGGCGUAUUGAUACAAGUCUGUGAGCCUAUGGAGAAGACGGAGACCGAUCUAUCUACCCUUUAUAGCAACAAGAAAAGCCAAGGAUCGCCAUCGAAGCCAGGGGAGCUGCCGACCCCGUCCUUCCGCCCGUCUACUCCAGUACGAUCUUCGAUCGGCUCGCAGUCGUCACGUUCACUCAAUGAUCUCUUGGGAAUUAAGAAGACACCCAUUGGACGAUUAGUCUCUCCGUAUGAAGAACGACACCCACCGGAGCAGCGUAGAAACUAUCCACAAUCACCUGAAAGAACUGCGAAGAGGCAAAGGGUCGCAUCGGAGAACGUCUCACGCGCCCAUAGCUUGAAUCGGCCUCAGCCCGUAACCAUCGACUUGUCUGGAGAAUCUUCCGUCGUUAAACCGACAGUAUUUGCUGUGGCUACAGAACCAACAGUACGACCCAAGCAGACCACAGGCUCGGUAAAAGCUCCGUCAACUACAGUACCUCCCUCGGACGUGGCAUUGGGCGGUAAAGCAGAGCCCACGAAUGUUGAGAAGACCCAAAAACCCGCGAGUAAUGCUCCACCACCUGCAACGAAAUCUUUAAGCAGUCAUGCAGAGGUUCCAACCAACACGCUCCGACUGUCCACAGAGCGUCCGAGGAGAAAGCUAUUGUAUAGCGCAUUGUUACCUGGUCAAACAUCUACGAGUGUAUCGCUUCCUGCCCCGAAGGCAAACGCGUCGGCGCAAGAGAAUCCGCAGUUAGGAGAUCGAUCUGACGGAUCCGGGUCCUGUGUCAACAAACGCUGACUUUAUACCCUCUGCCUCAACUAUGGUUGCAUUAGAUGAGAUGGUAAGUGACUCAAUAGUUGGCCAGAGUAAGGCCACACGACAAAUACCAGCUACAGUAAGCCACCGCGCACAAGGCGCUUUGCCAAAGUCCGGCUCCACUGGACUCCGCAAGUCAUACUCGGAUCCCACCACCCUAACCAGCGCAGAUGGCCUUCGACCGCGAUCACUGCACUUCAAAAGCCCACUAAAUAAUUGCAUGGAAGAAGAUCAACCCCAUGAGCAGGGUCCCUGGACUUCUGAAGCACUGGAUCUUUUCGAUUUCUGGCCUCCGGGGCGGCUAAAACCUAAAUAAUAUUACUAUAUGAUACCUUUGAAUGCGUCAUGUAUAGCACUAAUGAUAUUUCUCGUAUCAAUGGGGCAUUUAAGACUGCUGUUGCGAGAAGCCUCUUGAGUCUAGGGCAGGGUUAGUAUAUUAUUGAUACCCUAGACAUUGAAACGCAUUUUUCUAUAUCAUAUAAGGGGAAUGUACAGAUAGCAGAUAAUUGGACGCAAGUAAAAAGUUACCAGACUAGUGAGCAGCGCA